AUGCAGGCUACAGGAACGGAUCGAGCUGCUGGAUAUGGAAUGAUGUUAGUUAGUGCUUUAAUAUUCGUGUAUUACACGAUAUGGGUCAUCUUUCUGGUAAGUUGUUACCGGCUUUGUAAAUUUAUAAGGUUAUCAGAUAGACUUUGACUCUUGUCAAGCUUAAUAUUUCGAUUCCAUUCGUUUCGCUUACUGAGCUAUUUUGGUGUCAUCGAGACAUUUCAAGAACAGAAAGUUUUUUUAUAACCUGAGGGAAACAACUAUGAAGCAUUUCAUAACAGCUGAAAAUCUUGCUAGAUUUUUGCUUUGACCUCUCUGUUACCAUGGAAGGGAGGGAAGGGAGCACUGAUUUCAAGGAAGGUAAAAGAUAAUGGUAGGGAUUUCAAAACGACUGACAGUGGAAUUCUGCCUUAUGGAAUCCUGUCAAAGGCAAUAACCCUCUUUUAACAGACAGUUUUUCCCUAAAAAAGCUUAUCAUACAUUCUCUAGCCUCUUACGUAUUAUAUACUUCACUUCCAGAAUAUUGGAAAUGAAAAGGAAGUAGUAUUCUUUUUACCCUCUAAAAAUAAGUGCCAUUUCAUUGUCUUUCUUUCAGCCAUUUGUAGAGAAGGGCCAUCCAAUCCAGAGAUUAUUUCUUCCAAGAAUGUAUGCUGUUAUAAUUCCUGUUGUUGCAGGCCUUGUGCUCUUAGGAGUAAUAGGUAAUUCAAACCUUAAUUUGAACCUUAGUCACUCUGAAUAAACUUGCUUGCAGAGUCUUCUUCAAUCUUCUCAAGGGCUCUGUGAGCAGAUUAGUGUGAAUGGGUAUACAGGGAUGUCACUAAGAUUCAGGUAUUAUUAUUAGGUGAGUAAUUGAAUAGCUACGGAGUUGUAGUGGUUCUAUUUUCCUUUGGCGGGGGUCAUGCUGGGUAAGACUAAUCUGCAGAACUGCAGACCGCCAAACCUGUGGAACCGGCGGAACCUACAGAACCUAAAGAAAUGACUGUAUUAUUACAACUGCCUUUGGCUGACUUGAUAAAAUAAUUAGUUGCCAUUAAUUUUUUUACAAUGACCAAGCAAUUUCUCACCUGCUGAUUGGUCGAGAGCUAUUGUUGAUAACAAUACAGACCAUUGAAAACUGUUGUCGAUUUCGGUUUAGUGUCACUGAUUAAGAGCUUUGGUUCCGAAACAAAUCUUUCUCCUUUCUCUAUGUCAAGGUGUCCCUCAAUGAUGGUAGUGAUCUUUGAUAUUUGAAAUUGUUCUUCAUACUAAACCUACAGCCGUCAACAUCAGUACCUUUUACGCUCAUCAUGUCACCUGUUACACACUAAACAAGCUUUUCCAUUCAGCCUUGCCCUGAGAAUACGGCGUACAUGUCCCUCCAAGGCAACGUACAAUCUCGGCCUCCUCAACCAGGAGAUACAACAUGUUCAUACUAUCACACACACUCACACAAGCAACUCACCCACACAUUUCCCACUAGUUGUUGGAUACGCCCCAGCCAUUCACUCAAUAUCAUCUAUUUUUCACAAGCACAUUUACAUUCUCUCAUCUUCCCUACGUUGUGCUACUUUGUUUAAAUAUAGACCUCUCGUUACUUUCCUAUGUACUAACAAGCUGAAAAUUUGCUAAGUGGACUUCUCGUUUGGAACCAGAGCUUUCAAUUAAUGUCAUUGUGUUAUACACUGUUCAAAGUCCUCUAUUUUCCUGCAAGAUCACUGUGAACGAGCAUUACAGGUGGCCAUCUUGACUGGGUCUAGCUUGAACUAUACUUAAACGGUGGUGGACGGUUUGGGAACCCCAAGGCCUGCUCUCUCAGUACAUUUGAAUCCAAUUACAAAGUGACUGCAAGUGAAGGUAAGCGUUCAAUCUCGACGAUCUUAUGAAAAAAAAGGGGGACUGUGAACAGUCUAUCAAUGUUAUAAUUGAUUGUAACUAAUUACUUUAUCACGUUAACUAAAGGCAGUUGUAAUAAAACAGUCAUUUCUUUAGGUUCUGUAGGUUCCGCAGGUUCCUCAGAUUAAACUUACCCGGUCGUGCUUAUAGUAGCCAGUGAAAAUCCCUGGUCCCUGCUGGACCUUAGUGACAUUCCUGGGUAUAAUGUGUCCAAGCACUAAAAUGGAGAAAGUAGAGCAAGAUUAAUGUGAGCCAUAAGUGCAGAGCAUGAGAGGAGCACAAGUGAAACUUGGCCGGCAGUGUGGCUGUUGGUCAGCACAUCGGACUCACAAUCCAGCAGCCCUAGGUUUGAGUCCUGUUCUGGCCACUUGCUGGAUUUGUUCUUGGCUGUCCCAAUUUCAAAACCAAUGGCCACACAAAAAAGUUUGUAGCGUGCGAAAACACCUGUUUCUCUUCGCCGCUAGGGAUGUUUCGCGUGGAGGAACAUCUGCGACUCAGCGACAGAAAUUCCAUACUGAUGACACAAAUCAAUGUUUACAUAAUAAAUCCGGUAGUCAUGGGGUUCCAAAUAUAAAUUUGUCCAAUUUUAUGUGUCUUCUGGUCGAUUUUGGUGAAGAGUUGUGUUCAUGUGCCAACAAGCACCAGCAAAACUCAAAUGCUUUAUCCUUAGAGAGAAGACUAUAAUUAUUCCACAAACAUUGACUGUUUUGUUAGAGAUUCUUCGUGUUUACAUUUGACCUUUGUGGCCUUUUUUUUUUGUCUGUCAUUCGUGAACAAUGGCUAAAACAAUAUAACUACUCUUCUGACUGGAUUCCAGACAGAUUUUACAUCAUCAGUAUGGAAUUUCUGUCGCUGAUUUGCAGACGUUCCUCCACGUGAAACGUCCCAGCGGCAAAGAGCGAGGAGAAACUGAUGUUUUCGCAUGCUAAAAAAUUUGUACAUAGUCAGCUGGGGUCUAUUAAGAUAUUUAUUUUGUUUCUAAUAAUUACUUGAGUGGAGUCAAGAGUGCCUGUAAACUAACUGAAUAAGCUAAGUGCACUUUCCACUAAUAAACAGACCUUUAACCCUUUUAACCUUAUCCUAUGUUUUUGCUUAUUAAUGGCAUGAACAUGAAAAAAUAAUCCAGGAUAUUUGUAAAACAAAAAGGGCAAAUAAGUAGUUAAGCUAAGGUUAAUUAACAACCAUAAAUGUCUAUAUGAACUAGUGAUUGCAUCAUCUUGAAAAGCACAUUAUAUAUAUGUUAUAGGUACAUGUGUAAAGUGUAUUCUCAGGUUAAACCCCUGGGGUGGGGGGAGAGUGCUCAACAAAUGUUUCUACAGGGAGGCUUUGCCCCUAGGUCCAGCUCCUUACCCUUUUAUACACCUUUUUUCACGAAAAAGGUACCCCUUUUUUACACUUUAUUUAGAACUUUGCAUCCAAGCUUAAAUUUCAUUGACAUUACACUCUCAUUGUUUCUUCCAUGGAGACACUUAGGAAACUAUGAAUCUCCUCCAUCUUGUGCACUUCCUCGUAACACACGGGCAGCAUACUUUAAUUGAGGAUAGUAUAAAGACCUGCUGAAUAUAUAUAAUGGAAAGCACAUUUCUUACUUGAUUCACUUAAUUUGGUCUGUGACCCUUGGUGGGCAGACCAGUGGGUGAAAGAAAAAGCAGGGUUUUUAAUAAAGUUUUAAGUAGGUGGCUAAAGCUUUGGAGUUGGUGGAGUAGGAAAAAACUUGCGGCAAAGGCGUGAGUUUCUGGAAAAAUGUUGAAAUCUGGGCCUCUAAGAAGGCAUUUUCAGCAUUCUGGAGCAAAAAUUAGAGUGCUGAACAGGACACAGACAUCAUUAAAUUUUGGCUUUUUUAUUCAGUGACAGCACAUGAAUACUCUAUUUAAACUGGGGUAAUUUCCAAAGAAAAGUAAGCGGUGAGUUCAUGUAAAAUAGCUGGCGAAUUUGUUGGCCACCAGCUCUUAUUGAAAACCCUGAAAAGGACCUUGGACAGUUUGCAGGCAUUAGUCUCUUCCCCUUAUCUUGCAUUGUUUUCUUGUCUCUCGUGCUUAACAUUUGACUAUACCUAAAUAAUAUUGCGCUUUUGUCUAAUUCACCAUUCGUACAAACGAGCCAAUACCUGUAAAUGACCUCUUUUAACUAUUUUCUAUGCCUUUUUUUCAGGAAUAUUUGUUGCUGUUGUAAUGCUUAAGAGCAAGAAGCCAAAAGCUAAGAAAGAGAGCUGAGAAUAUCUUGACUUUAAAUACAGACUGACAUUACUGGGCGCCAAAAAUAUUGAAAAUGUGCCUUGAGGGUAACAUUCCUUUACAUCAUACAGUGAAGUGGAAAAAAUCAAAGAAAUACGUUUUCUUGAGUGACUAAGGAAUAGUUGCAAUUUAACAGUUUGGAGGUGGAUUUAUUGUUUCUUCUUCAAAACUAAACUAUACAUAUCAGCUGUCUUCCCAAGUAAAUGAUGUUUUUGGUGAUGUGGCUCAGUUUUACCCCUUCUACAUUACAGAUAGAUAAUUUUUUCAAUGAGGGUUUCACAUGAUAUCUACAGAUAAUAUACACAUGGCCCUCAACAAAAAAUAUUUACAAAGAUUAUGGUCAUAAAAAGUACUUUUUUAACAAAAAAUGUAGUGGGUAUUUCAAGAACUGGUCCUACUAAAAAGUGAUCCAUAGGGUUGUAAGAAUGUUUUCAAGUACUGUAUUUUCUCAAUUGAACGCCCCUGGCGUUUAUUAAAAAAUCAGCCGCAGUUUUAACCCUGCAUUUUUUUGAGGCUGGCGUUUAAUCAAGGAAAUAUGGAAGGUGAUUUUGCGAUCUUUUAUAUUAAAGAACCGCGGGAUAGACCUGCAAAGUACCUGCUGGCCAAAACAUGAAAUAGGUGGUGAUUUUUCUCACUACCAGCUUUUUUUACAACCCUGGAUCCGUAGAGAAACUUAACUCAAAUUCAAACAUUUUCUGUUCAGAUUUUUACUUCCUUUAUUUUAAACCUGUGUAGAAUAGAUUGUACUAUAUAUUGUUGAAUGUAAAAAAAGAAAUACAGUAAAGGUAGAGCAUUGAUAUAACAACCUCUAGAUAUAACUAAUUCCUUGAAUCAUGAUUAUACAGUGUGGGGAGAUGCCACAUGGUAUUUUUAUGGACACUCCUUUUUGGCUCAUUUUAAGGAAUAAAAUCUGGCAUAAUUACAGUUUAAAUUUUAGUGACAAUGAUAAUAUUCAUCACAAACUCUUUCCAAAACAAUUCAGUAGAAAUUAUUAAAAAGAGAAGUCUUAAGAUCAAUAAAUUUAGGACCAAUGGUUAAGGACAGGGCUCAAGCUCCAAAAACCUUUCUCAGGGAAAAGGAGAUUUCCCUUUUGAGCAAGUAACUUUUCAUGCUCAAUUGCCCAAUUGGCAAAAGGCACAGCCAAGUCACGUUCUAACUUAAAAUUAGGAACUAUACAACUGGUAAUUAAUGCUGCUAAUUACAGCUUUAAAAGAUGCUAGAUUUUGGGAGAAAUG